GCCGUCGACGACACCGCACCGCCGCCCAAACACGAAGAAGCCCAACCCUCCUCCGUACACCCGUACGUGCGGGCCCCUGUCCGCCGCCUGGCCCAUACGCCGCGCUAACAGCCAGGCACGCAGCCGCCGGGCGCCGACUCCGGCGUCCUCUUCCCCGGCCGUCCGCUCCACACUCGGCUUGACUGGCUCUCAUCAGUCAGUCCGGGGACGUGUUCCACGCCAAGAUCUGCAGCCCUCUACCAUGUCGCUGUCGCCAGGAAUUGCCCGCCCCAUAAUCUAUUCGCGAGUUUGCUCGCAAGCUAGCCGCCCGCCUGCCUCGGCUCGCUCGGCCGGCCGUGCCAGCAACGCCCGCGCGCCAACGCGGCGCGACGCGGUUGCCCGUUGGCCGGAACGGAUCGGACACGCCACGAGGGCUAAGCUCCCCCUCGGAGAACCCGAUAACUAUGCCGUCGCCUCGGCAUUGGAAGCCUCCCCCCCUGCUCUGUCCCGAGUGGCGUGGCGACUGGCGAGGCGGGGAGAUGGCAGCGCGGUAGCGGCUGGGAGAGAGCAAGGAGGCGAGGCGCGCGAGUCCGGUGGUCGUCGCCGGUUGAUCGGGGGUUUUGAGGUCGGACUUCCGGUGGCCGCUGCAAGAAAUAAAGAACAGCAAUGGCAUCUACAGAGCCACGGACGGUCUUCCUCGCCUUCAUCGUCAUUCUUGUGGUGGUCAUAAUAAUCCUCCUUGGUAUUUGCUGGAAGGUCCUCAAACCAGAUGUCAUGAGGAAAUUGAUGCGGCCAAGGAGCCCUGCUUCAGUGCCAGAGUACUUCAGCGGCAAUAUGAGUGGAAACCUCCGGACGAUUACAUACUUUGAUUAUGCUACGCUGAAGAAGGCCACGAGGGAUUUCAACCAGAAAAACCAGCUUGGCAGAGGAGGUUUUGGGCCUGUUUAUUUGGGGAAACUUGAUGACGGUAGGAAAGUUGCUGUGAAGCAACUCAGCGUCGGCAAGUCUGGGCAGGGCGAAUCAGAGUUCUUCGUUGAAGUGAACAUGAUCACAAGCAUCCAGCACAAGAAUCUCGUUCGCCUGGUUGGGUGCUGCUCUGAGGGAUCCCAACGGCUGCUAGUCUACGAGUUCAUGAAGAACAAGAGCCUGGACAAGAUAUUAUUUGGGGGUGAUGGCGCACCGUUUCUGAACUGGAAAACCAGGCACCAGAUCAUUAUUGGCAUCGCACGAGGCUUGCAGUACCUUCACGAGGAGUCGAACCUAAGGAUCGUUCAUCGCGACAUCAAAGCCAGCAACAUCCUCCUAGACGACAAGUUCCAGCCCAAGAUCAGCGACUUCGGCUUGGCCAGGUUCUUCCCCGAGGAUCAGACGUACCUCAGCACUGCCUUUGCCGGCACGCUUGGCUACACUGCGCCUGAAUACGCCAUCAGAGGGGAGCUCACAGUGAAAGCCGACACCUACAGCUUCGGCGUGCUGGUGCUCGAGAUCAUCAGCAGCAGGAAGAACACGGAUCUCUCGCUUCCGAACGAGAUGCAGUACCUUCCUGAACAUGCAUGGAGGCUCUACGAGCAAUCCAAGACCUUGGAACUUGUCGACCCGAAGGUGCAGGCCGACGAGUUCGACGAGAAGGAGGUGCAGCAGGUGUGCCAGAUCGCUCUGCUGUGCGUGCAGCCGUACCCGAACCUGCGGCCGGCCAUGUCGGAGGUCGUGCUGAUGCUGACGAUGAAGAGCGACCAGACCAUCCCCGCGCCGAUGAAGCCGGCGUUCCUUGACCGGAAGAGCUUCAAGGACAAGAACGGCACGUCGGACACGGCGAUGGAGAUGCGGUCGUACUGGCUCAACACGCCGCCGCCCAUGGUCGACGACAGGCCAUACGACAUGAGCUAUGGCAUAUAGGGACGACUACACAUUGCGAGUGCGCGAUGAUGCCGGCAGGAAAUGUUCCAGUGAUUCAGGGGGCUCAUGCUUCAGCAACAGAAGUGUCGUGAAUCGGACACAUUAUAGGAGACUUUUUGGGCGCGCUCUUAGUUUGUACAAACUCGUGCAACCCUGGUCUAACGAAAAUAAUGAGCGCUGUAUAUUACGACAACCUGAGAGCGAAAGAUUUGCAGUUUUCGUUCAGAUAUGUAGUUUACACUCUUCCUGGUGGACUGUGAAUUUACGGUGAUCCGUCGCUGUAUUAAGCAAGUUGAUCACCGUAUUAUGCAAGUGAUCACUUGUCAUAAGAUCAUUAGGCUUACCGUGUGGUGUUUUUGUUUUCCAGGUCCGUUAUCCAAAGUUUGUUGGGGGGUUUCAUGUAAUAAUAUGACUGUAUUAGCACUGUUCCCUGUAGAUAUGAUCAAUUUUUUAGGUAGA